UGCGUCAUUCAGAAACAUACAAUAUCUCUUUUUCAUAAAAUAUAUCUUUGAAUGUUCAAACUAGUUUUCCGUUUUUAUCAAAAGCAAUCACUUUUGCAUAUGUGAAAACAGAGUAUCCUAAACAUUACGCCACGUGCAUAACCUACCUCACAUUUUUGUGACUCAGGAUGAAGCCCGGUUCCAAAACGAAUGCAAUCACUUAUCACACGUUGCAAACUACGCCCACCUUGGCGCUAAAGACAGAACCGAAUCUCCUCAUGACUCAACUGUUCACGCGCACUGGCUUGUCCCCCACCAAUGUAAUGUAUCAUUCGUGAUGCUGGUCCAUUGCCAAAUUCGAGUUUGACGUUCCCAUAUCGAAUCCCAGGACAACAGUAACGUCCAACGAUGGCUGACAAAGUGAAGGUAUUCUGUAUCAUGUUCAACAAUGAAGACAAGCGUGAAUACAGUCCUGGUGAAGUUCUCUCUGGACACGUUGUGGUCGAGGUGUCGACGGGUGUGUCGGUACAAAUCAAAGCUGUCAAAAUAUCGACCAGAGGAUGUGCCCAGGUCUGUUGGGGUGAAGGGACUCGAAAAGCAUCAUCACCGAGCAGUGCUGUUAUAGCAAACACAUCAUCUCAGUGUGAGCAGGUGGAAUACUUCUGCAUAUCUCAAACUCUCAAAGAAACAUCAGAUGGUGAGGAAUUCAUCAGUCUUGAUGAAGGGCAUUAUGAGUUCCCCUUUCAUGUGGAGCUCACUCAAACGCCCCUUGUUACCUCUUUUAAGGGGAAGUAUGGGAGUGUUUGCUAUGAGGUGACAGCUGUAUUACAGAGGCCCUUGAAUCAAGAUCAAACUGUCAACAGAGAAUUCUCUGUUAUCAGCCAUGUUGAUGUCAAUUCCCCAUGGUUACUGUCCUCUGUGUCUACAAAAAACAAGAAGAUGAUUGGCUGUUGGAUUUUUACCUCAGGCCCCAUCUCUCUGAAUGUCAAUAUCAACAGAAGGGGCUACUGUAACGGAGAGUCAAUCCCCAUCUAUGCUGUGAUUGAGAACUUUUCUUCUCGACUCAUCGUGCCUAAAGCAGCUAUCUACCAAAUACAGACCUUCAUGGCAAAUGGCAAAACAAAAAGUCAUACAAAGUUGGUUGCCAGUGUGAGGGGUAACCACAUUCCAUCAGGCUGCACAGACACCUGGAAUGGAAAAACACUGAAGAUCCCACUUGUCUCUGCCUCAAUUCUCAACUCUUCAGUCAUCAGAGUGGAAUACUCCCUGGUAGUCAUGGCACAGAUACCAGGUGCUAAGAAACUCAAGGUGGAGCUUCCCAUUGUGAUUGGCAGUAUACCAUACAAUGGCCUUGAAAGCAGAAGCUCCAGCUUGAGCAGUCACUUCAGCAUGGACAUGAGCUGGCUUGCACUGGCGCUUCCUGAAGUGCCUGAAGCCCCCCCUAACUAUGCAGAUGUGGUGUCUGAGGAAGAGUUUGAACUGCACAGCCCCUCUUACUCUCAGUCCGAGGAGUUAGAGAGACAGCUUCGUGCACCAGCCUUUGUUUACAUCCAGGAGUUCAGGUUCCAGCCUCCACCACUGUACUCUGAGGUUAAUUCCCACCCAGUCCAUAGUUAGGCUAGAUGUUGAGCCUCUACAUCAUCUGUUAAAGAACCAAAGUGAUGCCUUCAAAUUGCAAUGUUGCACAAUGUUUAUAUUGUGGUGGAAAGAGUGUAAUAUAGAGUGAUCAAGUCGUGAACUAAUUAAACUUUGGAUUUAAAGCAGAUUAACAGUAUUUUUUUGAAUGUAUAGUUUACCCAAACUUGGCAAUAAUAAUUAAAACAUUCAACUUUUUUGAAUUUUUUGUUUUGUAACGCUUUGGCAGAAUUUACAAUUACCUGUCUUUUCCAUUUGAAUCUGUCUCAAUCUGUUUAUUGUUCUCUCUCUUAAGUAGAAGUAUACUAGGCUGUGUUGAGAAAUGGAGCCUACUCUUUACAUGACUGUUAUUAGAAAUGGAAUUACUGCACAGCACAUUGUUGUAGCAGGUAGGUGCAACAUAAUAUAAGAUAACACACCUUAUCUACUGUAUAUAAUGUAAAGCACUUUGAAAGCUACUGAAACCGAUUUUGUUGUUGAAAUCUACAAUAGAUUUAUUCCUGUAUGUCGUGAAUCCUUUCCUGUUCAGGGUGUAUAAUAUAACAUGGCCAUUAUUUUUGAUACAUUGUAACUAAAACGUUGAAAAUGUCUGAGCAGAAAGAGUAAUAUGCUUUGAUAGUUCAAAAGUUACGCAAAGGUAUUAAUUCCAGGUGGAUAUUUUGACCUUGGAGUUGUUCCUUCUCAGAAUAUAUUGCCUUAUCUGAAAUGUAACUGAUGUUGAGUUUACAUGGUUGGUUUUGAAUUGUGAGUGCCUAGGGAAAACCUUGGAUCAUGCAGUGUUGUGAAUGUUUAUCAGGUACAGACGUAUGUAUAUAUGUUAGUUAUCAUGUUGCUAUUUACCAGUUUAUCUAUUGAAAUGUAUACUUUUGCAGGAUGAAUACAAAAGACAUAUUACCAUACUACUGUAUGUGUUAGAUUGUAUCAGAAUGGCAUGUUGCUAUUCCAUACAUCAGUCAAUCUGAACCCAGUGGGUUUCUGUUAAACUUUAAUUUUUGUAAUUUUACAAAGUUUGAAUAAAAUCAUUUGAAAAUGCU